CCCGCCAUUCGCCCAAGAUCCGGGACAGCUGGCCACAUACUUAACGAAGAAAUAUGACCACCGCCGCUGCACCAAGUUGGGAUAACGCCGCCAACGCAUCCGCAAUCACGAACAUCAGAAUUUCAAAUCUCUUCUAUUCCGUCUGCAAGGGAGGUGGGACAAUCCAUGAAAUGUCUCUCUUCAAGUUGCGGCUUGACUACCCGCUUCUCCUGGCCUUGCUGUUGCAAGCGUGUGGGGACUGUCACGACUUGACCGUAUUCCUCGAUGUCCUCGACGUAUCUCAAUUCGACUCAACCGCCGGAUGGCGACAAAUCAUAUCGUCGACCCCUAUACACAACGACGAAAGACGAUGGCUAGCGACCAUCCUUGUCCUUCAUGGUUGCCAACUACUACUUGUCGCCUGGAUGUGGACAGUCUUCCAAAAGAAACAGUCGACACGGCCUGUCAAGGCUACUUUUGCCAUGGUCGUGGAAUUCUUACCUCACUGGGGCCUGAUCCGCGGAACUCAUUCGCUGUACUCUCUGAUAUCGCGAAGACGGAGAGCUACAUUGUGCAGCUUUGAUGCCGUGUUCACGAUGACAAUAGGGCUGAUUCAGUGGCGGGGUGUCAGAACCAUGAGAUUUUUGACUCUGGCAUCUUCGCUGAUCUAUCUUGAUAGUCAAGCCCUCGUCACCUCGCUGAGCUUGGGAAAUACCAUUGCCGAUAUCAGUUUAGUCGCCAAGGGUGUUUUAAGGGCGGCUCCUACCAUCAUUCGCUGGCAGGUACGUGCCAGGAUUGAAUUCGCAAUGGCUUCACACUUGCUGUUUAUGGCCACAAUAUUGCCGUUAGGACGAAGAGACAUGUACUGCACCUUCAUCAUACUUUUACCCCCUUUAAGUGCUGCAAUAUUACUGCAGUUUCUACUUACUGGUCACUACAUCUCCGGGCCUGUGCUGAAGCCUCUCGAAAUAUCUCUCUCUUCAACCAAUCCAAGCAAAGGGUUCUGCCAAAUUUGUCACGAUACCGUCCUAUCGAGACAAAAGCCAGCAGAUAUCUCCGAUCAACCUACGCACCAUCAGACACUUAAAUCGCUAAAAACGUCUGCUGCAGAAGGCUGUCGCAUCUGCGCGACGGUGUACUACAAGCUGACCAGGCUGAAGCUAAAGCCGCCAAGGUGCUAUAUCCAGCCGGGACCUUUGACCACAUAUUAUAGGAUUAAUGGAAGUAUAUACAUUAACUCCCUAUGGUCUUUAGGUUUAUGCACCUUUACCUCAGUCAGACUAAGCGAUGCUUCUUGGGGCAACUUAGAAAACCACACGGGGUCCGAGAGCAGUCUUGGAAUGGCCAAACAGUGGAUGUCGACGUGCAUGCGAGACCACCCUUCUUGCAGUGCUGGUUUCGAUUUCCACUUCCGGCCUUCAAGGCUACUAUACAUCGGCGGCGACGUCCAUCAAGUCACCCUACACACAUCAAUUGACUAUCCGGAGACCUUGUCUUACAUGACAUUGAGCCACCGUUGGGGCGAAGCGCAGUUUAUACAGCUUCGACACGGCAAUGAAGAGACAUUCCGACAAGGCAUCCCGUGGAUCUCUCUGCCUCAGACAUUCAAGGAUGCAAUCCGUGUUGCUAGACGGCUCGGCUCCGACUAUCUCUGGAUCGACAGUCUUUGCAUUAUGCAAGACUCCAGCAAAGACUGGGUAGCUGAAGCGGCUUCAAUGGGCAACAUCUACAAAAACGCACUGUGUAAUAUUGCUGCCUCGGAUGCCUUAAACAGCCUCGAGGGUUGUUUAUAUCCACGAAACUCCCGAGUUAUUGAGCCAGAACGCCUGCCCUGGGAUUCUGAUAAUUCAUCAAAUCAUUUGUAUCUCGUUAACGCUCUCUCUGACGAUCCUGACGAACACUCUCGACUAUACUCCCGCGCCUGGGUUUUCCAAGAGUUCCUGCUGGCGCGGAGAACUGUGGAUUGUGGCAGGGACCAGCUUUUCUGGAGAUGCGAUGAAUUAAUGGCGUCAGAAGAAUUUCCUGUCGGGCUCACGAGGGACCUUAAGUAUCAUCAUUUCCGUGACUUCUCCCAUCCGGCGCGAGAAGUCCUAAAGCAUCAAGCCAAUCACGCCAGCCUCAAACUGAUGGUAGAGAAAAUGAAGCGAUGGGAAGCUGAGUAUCAACCCUGGACCCGUGCGUAUAGUGGGGACAGCGAAUCACAAAUCCAUCUGUUCAGGAGGGAAGGAUCACCAUCAAUCUUUUGGACCGAACUUGUGGAUCAAUACUCAAGCAUGUCUAUCACCAAGGAAGAGGACAGACUUACUGCCAUAGCAGGAGUUGCUGACACCUUCCGUCCAUUCCUCGGUGAAUACUAUGCUGGUAUGUGGAAAAGUCUGCUGCCGCUGUAUCUUGUCUGGAGGAGCUGGCCAAGAAGGCUUUACCAACGGGUCCCAAGCCCCUACAAAAGGCCGUCUUCCAAAAGAGGCCCUACCUGGUCCUGGAUAUCGCUAGAAGGCCCCAUAUCCCAUAUCUUCUGCAGUACUACGUACAGAGCCUCAAUGCUCGCUCAGCUCCUCGAUGCCAAGGUUCUUUCCGCCCAAGACAUACACCUCCGGGUCCGGGCGCCGCUGAUACGUCUUAAAUGGAUCGACUACGCUACACGGGGAAUGAAAGCAUGGAGUUCUAGGUCUGUCAACUUAGGCCCAAGAAUCAAGGGUUCCGACGGAGUUUCUAAAUGGAAGUCUCCUUGGUUCGAGUCCUGUGUCCAGACUAAAAAGGGUGGAGAUGCAGAAUUAUCACUAAUAUUUGACGUCCCGGAAGAAGAAGCAGCGGCUCGGGACAUUGCUCUAGUCGCAAUUCGCCUUCGCAAAGCAGAAGAAAAAACAACGGCUCCAGACAGGAGUCCAUCCUGGAAAGGUUUCCAGUUCGACGACGUGGACGGUUUAAUCCUGCAGGAUAAGGGCGGUGGCUUUUUCUCCCGGCUUGGGUACUUCCAUACCUCUGAGUGUUCCGAUCUGCCUUUCUUGAAAUGUGACCAGACGGAGGUGGUUUUGAUAUGAUUGUCAUGUUUAGAUAAGAGAGCGGUUUAGCGUCGAAAUACUACAGUUCAGAUAGAUAAUAUUCUAUAUCUGCUAUUUAUUUG